CGGACCGACUCUCAAGCGUAAGCGGUAGGACGUGCCACGGACGGUAUUUAGAAAAUUGUGGCAGAAGAAAAAGAAGAAGAAAAAAGGUCAAAUCUACAAAACUUGGAUAUUAAUACUAUUACGACCUAUCUAUCACCAGAGCGAACAUUGACUUGACGACCCACGAUGGCUACCGAACUAACCUUUCCGCAAUUUGGAAGAUUGCCGCUAGAACUACGGGAUAUGAUAUGGGGAUACGCUCUUCCCGAGCCGAGGGUUUUUGAAGUCCUUGAUUCUCCGUCGACCGCGCAAUCUCAAACCACGGCGUCAGGCCGUUUGAUGUUUGCUGACGUCCGCAACGAACCCCCGCCCUCUAUAGCACGAGUCUGCCGUGAUGCCCGGCAAGCGGUUUUGCGUCGCUACAAGCCCAUCGCAUUUUCCGGAACGGUCAAGCACCUAGAUCUCUGCCGAGACAUCAUUCUACUUGACUCGUACUUACAAGUGAAGAGGCUUCUGAAAGUGGUUCGCCUCCUCAGCCAGAUUGAACCGAUCCGUCGGAGCGCUACCAGGUUGGCUCUUGGCACGUCGUGGGGUCUGCACACCGGGUUACACCUACGAAUGUUUCACCGGAGCGUCCAGACGAAGCGCAACAUGGCCCGGUUUCUCGAGUACAUAUCCAAGUUUCGUCAGCUCGAGACCAUCAUCCUCGUCGUCUACCAGCGCUCCGCGUUCGGCCUCCGGUUCAAGUGCUGCGGCCCGGACCGCCCGCGCAGCCUACCCUGGCGCCAUUACGACUUGUACGAAUCAUACCACUUCAACUUCAAUGUCAACUUCAACCUCGACAACUACUGGCUUCGCCGGCCGUAUCAGAGCCGGCUAGUGAGGUACGAGCCGGAGGACGACAGGACGGAGGCGGAAAAGGCGCAGCACCAGCACCAGCACCAGCAUUACAACCAGCAAUCUUCCCAGUUGCCGAGGCAUCAUUCGAAGCAGUGCAUCCACGACCCGCAGCCGCGCGGGUACCAGGUCCACGACUUGAAGGGCACGUUCGAGGGCUGGCUGAAGAAGUUCGCCGAGGACGAGACGCUGGGCCCGUCGUUGAAGGUGCCGAACUUGGAGACGGCUACGUUGACUUGGAUCUACACGGGAGUUCGCAACGACGGGUUUUAUUGAAAGGGUUGCGGCGAGAGGAAGAGGGCGAGGUACCUA